AUUUUAUGAAUCGUAUAAAAGAAGAAAAAGAUAAUUUAACAAAUAAUAUACAUAUAGGAAGCAGAUAUAAUAUUAAUGCAGAAAAAUACCUUUCUCGUGCACAAUUACCAAUAUUGCCAAUACCAAUAUUUCUCUUUUUAUUAUUUGUUUUUAACGAUAAGGGAAAAAGACAUUUGAUUCUGUUAGAGAAGAUGACAUAUGCAUGCAUGCUAUUUUCAAUUUCUUAAUGAUGCAUGUGUAAUUUCAUAUUUAUUAUUAACAAAUUUAUUAUAUUUUUAACGAAUAUUACCGUGAUAUUACCAGCGAAAUUCAUUGGAAAUAAAUCAUAACAUUACAAGAUUUUUUGUACAACAAGCAAAAACUGUUUUGUAGAUAGAAGAAUGUGACAAUAUGUUCUGUCUGUAUGUUUGUAAACUGUUCAAUGAUUUCAAGGUUUAUAAAGAUUCUGUUCAUUUUGCGGUGAUUUAUCAAAGAGUGAGAAUAUAAAAGUACUACGUUAUACAGAUUUGAAUUUCUGGAAUUCGGAAAGAAAUUGAUUAAAAAUUAAAAUAGAUUCUCGAAUUAAAAAAAACAAUAUUUAUCAGUGUUAAAAAUAAUUAAAAAAGCCUUAGAAUAUAAUUUUUCAAAAAAUGUUGAAAAUGAUGAACAUCAUUGUUGUCUGAUCGGAAUAAAUGAGCUAUUUUGCGUAUAGUGUCCAAUUAACAAAUAAUGAAGACAAAUAAUGAAGAAAAUUGGCAUUAAUAUAAGUGUUAAUCGUGUAUUAAGAUAGUGAAAGACUAAGAGAUUGAAAUUAAAAGAAGAAACCUGCGUUAAUAGCGAAAUACAAAAAAGAACGCUUCACUUUUGUGAAAUUGAUAGAAAUGAAAGCGAAAACUUAUAUUUUCGAACAAAAGAAAUAUAAAUCUUGACGGUGUCAUGAUUUUUAUUUUGAAAAAACAAAUAUUCAAUAGAAAAAUGGAUAAUAUUAAAUAUUUGAACUUGAUAAGAAAAAAAAUAAUUAUCUAGAAUAUAUUUCUAAAUUUGAAUAUAUUUUUCAACAAAAUAAUGCAGCUACAUACAUUGCAAAAUAGUUCCAAUUUUAUUUUAAUAGAAAAAAAUUUAUUUUAUCAUGAUUUGCAUAUUUCUUGGAUAUUAAUAUAAUUGAAAAUUGUUUUGGGAACAAUUGCUCAUGCGAUGUAUAAAAAUAUGCAAAAACAAAUAAUAUGAACACAGAGCAAUAAAAUAACUUAUAUGAACAAUUGCAAUACAGAUUUGAUAAAUUACCAAUAUCUAGAGAAGUGGAUUACAAUCUAAAAUUAUAAUGUUGUUACGUAAGAUAUGAUAUUAUGCAUAUUCAUCAUUUAUUUUAAAUUCAGAACAGUGGCACUAGUAUUUGCUCCUAUUACCAAAGCUAUGGGAGUAAGUUGGGAGAUAAGAGGAAGAGAACAUUUAGAACAAGAGAGAUCAUGCAUAGUAAUAAUGAAUCAUCAAAGUCUUUUAGAUUGUGUUGGACUGUAUCAAAUAUGGCCGUUUUUGAAAAAAAGCACAAUUAUAUCAAGACGAAUAAUUUUUUAUAUUUGGCCAAGUGGUUUAAUUUGUUGGUUUGGUAAAGUGAUAUUUAUAAACAGGAUGAAAUCGAAUUUAGCCCGAAAAAUUCUUAACGAUGCCACGGAUUAUAUUAAAGAAAAAAAGAUGAAAUUAUUAAUAUUUCCCGAAGGAACUAGACGCAAUAAUGGUGAAAUUCAUGCAUUCAAGAAAGGUGCCUUUUAUAUUGCUAUACGUAAUCAGUUACCUAUAAUACCAGUUGUUUUCUCUUCCUAUUAUAAUUUUUUAUCAAAUGAAGAAAAGAGAUUUGAUUCUGGUCGAGUUAUUGUAGAAGCAUUACCAGCAAUAUCUACAGAAGGAUUAACACUUGACGAUAUUAAUAAAUUGUUGGAAAAAACACGAAAUAGUAUGAUCGAUACUUUUGAAAAAAUUAAUAAAGAAGUACAAGUGAAGUGUUUUUAAUACUUUUGGAUGGUAGCAAUCAUAUUAUUAUAAAUAGAUAUUCAAUCAUAUUAUUAUAAAAAAAAAUUUAUUAUUC